CUAGAUGUUGGCCCAAGCGCGCUUGUCAGUGUGCUUCGCCUGCAGUUCCGUAUCGCACCGAUCACGGGCUUUCUAAUGGCACGGUCUUCCCGCUCGAGCGGGGGGUCUUCAAGCUCGUCUGAUUCGCAUUCGCUGGAUCAGCCGAAGAGCAAGAAAACACACAAAGGUAAACAACGAAAGAAGAAGGACAAGAAGCAGAAACGGGAUACAAACGACAAGAAGAAGCAUAGAAAGGAGAAGAAAGCGCUCAAAGAGCGGAGGCGACGCCAGAAGGAGCAGGAAGAGCAGGCCUCGUUUGAGCAAAGCAUGGCGUACGCCAAGGAGGUGGCUGCGGCCAACAUGGGUCUCAGAGCUGCCGCGGACGAGGAGCGCGAGGCACGCCGGCAGAAAAAGGCCAGCAAGGCCGCCGCCCGGGCGGCGGAGACGCCCAGCAUCACCAGCGACGCCUCGAGAGCGGCGGUGGUGGCUAGUGCGAAGAUCCCGCUGCAGCGGGGUGCCUGCGCCGUGGUCGUGGACGCGAACGACUUCGACCCCACGAAGAAGCCGGAUGCAGACUACUCGAGGCCUGACCCGCUUGCCGUCGCGAACUCAGGCCUCGACGUCCAGAGAGCGAUCUCCAUGAUGGACCGCAGCCACUACACGACCGAGCAGCUCAAGAUGCACGAUGCGCGGAACGCGCGGCUUGGAACAUAG